CUCGUUAGAAAGGGGCGGGGCGGCGGCUGCGCAGAGCGGCGCGAGGCGGCAAGAUGGCGGACAAAGAGAAAAAGAAGAAAGAAAGCAUCUUGGACUUGUCGAAGUAUAUUGAUAAGACCAUCCGAGUGAAGUUCCAGGGUGGCCGGGAAGCCAGCGGUAUCCUAAAAGGCUUUGACCCACUGCUCAACCUGGUGCUGGAUGGGACCAUUGAGUACAUGCGAGACCCCGAUGACCAGUACAAGCUGACGGAGGACACUCGGCAGCUGGGGCUCGUGGUGUGUCGCGGCACCUCGGUGGUGCUCAUCUGCCCGCAGGAUGGCAUGGAGGCCAUCCCUAACCCCUUCGUGCAGCAGCAGGACACUUAGCAGCAAUGGAGGACGGCGGCCCCGGCACCUUCCUCUGUGGGGCGAACUUCUGUUUGAUGUUUUGAUGUUUUGGUCUUUCGUUCCUGUUUUGUUUUGUUUUUUAAUAAAAUUGCCCAUGUGAGCA